GUGUGGAAAAUAGGAAUAAUAGUAAUAAUAAUAUUAUAAUCCGAAGGUCCGUACUCUGACAACGACCACUGAAGGAUGGUGGCACAUGCCCUUCUGUCAUCUCUAUAAUCAAAUCAACGGUCUUCAUCUCCAGCUCUCUUCUACUCCACAGUUAUAGUUUCAUUCACUUCAUGGAGUGGUUUUCUGAACUGGGUUAGGGCUUUCUUGAGGUUUUGGUAAGUUCAGUUUUUCUGUAAUAAAAUAUGAAGCUUUCAACUUCUGGGUCUGGUCAGCAGCUUCAAGAAGGAGAAAAGAAAUGCUUGAAUUCGGAGCUAUGGCAUGCUUGCGCAGGCCCUCUUGUGUCGCUUCCGACUGUAGGUGGUCGUGUGAUCUAUUUCCCACAGGGUCAUAGCGAGCAGGUUGCGGCGACUACGAAUAAAGAAAUUGAUGCCCACAUUCCGAAUUAUCCGAGUUUGCCUCCACAAUUGAUUUGCCAACUUCAUAAUGUCACAAUGCAUGCAGAUGUUGAAACGGAUGAAGUGUAUGCACAAAUGACAUUACAGCCAUUGACCCCGCAAGAGCAGAAGGAUACAUUUCUUCCGGUCGAGUUGGGUAUUCCAAGUAGACAACCAACAAACUACUUCUGCAAGACAUUAACCGCAAGUGACACAAGUACGCACGGCGGCUUCUCUGUUCCUCGACGUGCUGCGGAGAAAGUUUUUCCUCCACUGGAUUUCUCUCAGCAGCCACCUGCACAAGAACUUAUUGCAAGGGAUCUUCACGAUGUUGAAUGGAAGUUUAGGCAUAUUUUUCGAGGGCAGCCCAAACGCCAUCUUCUUACUACCGGGUGGAGCGUGUUUGUUAGUGCUAAAAGACUCGUUGCAGGAGAUUCCGUUCUAUUUAUUUGGAACGAGAAAAAUCAGCUCCUUUUGGGAAUCCGGCGUGCGAAUCGUCCACAAACCGUGAUGCCAUCAUCUGUUUUAUCAAGUGAUAGUAUGCAUAUCGGCCUUCUUGCCGCUGCGGCUCAUGCAGCCGCUACUAAUAGUUGUUUCACAAUAUUCUAUAAUCCAAGGGCUAGUCCAUCUGAGUUUGUCAUCCCCCUUUCAAAAUACGUCAAAGCUGUGUAUCACACACGGGUUUCAGUCGGGAUGCGUUUCCGUAUGCUGUUUGAAACUGAAGAGUCAAGCGUACGCAGAUACAUGGGCACAAUUACUGGCAUUGGCGAUUUAGAUCCUGCCCGUUGGCCUAAUUCUCAUUGGCGUUCUGUUAAGGUUGGUUGGGAUGAGUCGACUGCAGGUGAGAGACAACCGCGAGUAUCAUUAUGGGAAAUUGAACCUUUGACAACGUUUCCUAUGUACCCAUCUUUGUUUCCCAUUCGGUUAAAACGACCGUGGUAUCCGGGAGCUUCAUCUUAUCAAGACAGCAGAGAUGAUACGGUUAACGGAAUGGCAUGGUUGAGAGGUGAAACGGCAGAGCAAGCGCUCCAUUCUCUAAAUUUUCAAUCAAGUAGCAUGCUUCCAUGGAUGCAGCAAAGGGUAGAUCCGUCAUUUCUCCAAAGUAAUCUUAAUCAGCAGUAUCUAGCAGCCGGUAUGCAGAGUGUCGGAACUGCAGACGCUUUGAAACAACAAUUGUUGCAGUUUCAGCAACCCCUUCAACAGCUUCACCAUUCGGGCACACAGUCAACUCCACAGCUGUUUGUUCAUGGUCAAAGUCAAACCCAAACGCUGGACAAUUUCCCGCGGUCAAUGCACCAAGAAAGUCAACAACAUGGUCAACACCAAAGUGUAUACCCCGAGACUUACCCGAUGCAAGGCCAACAACAAUCGUUUCCGAAGACAGAUUUCAUGGAGUCGAGCCCAAAGUUUUCUUCCAAUAUUGCCCCUACUAUGCAGAACAUGUUGGGUUCCGCGUUAUGCUCAGAAGGGACUAGCAACCUGUCGAGUUUCUCGAGAACCGCUCAACUAGCGGUUCCAGAGCAUCAAUCAAAUCAGCAAUCAUGGGUAGCGAAGUUUGGUCAAUCACAAGUCAACACAGCUUCAACUUCGCCAUCAGUUGACCAAGAAUCGUCAAGUUUGGAAGCCCAAAAUCACGGCAUAUUUAGCGGUAUCAAUGUCGACUCAUCUGGGCUUCUUCUUCCAUCAAUCGAGACCGAUCUGUCCACUAUACCUUCUUCGUUUGGUGGCUACAUGCAAGAGUCUUCCGAGCUGUUGCAGCCUAACCAUAACCGAACAUUUGUGAAGGUAUACAAAUCAGGGUGUGUUGGGAGGUCGUUAGACAUCAGCCGGUUCAACAGCUACCACGAGCUGAGACGCGAACUGGGUCAGAUGUUUGGGAUCGAGGGUCUGCUUGAAGACCCGCAAAGAUCAGGCUGGCAGCUUGUAUUCGUCGACAGGGAGAAUGACGUUCUUCUCCUUGGAGACGACCCUUGGGAGGCGUUUGUAAAUAGCGUCUGGUAUAUCAAGAUACUUUCUCCCGAGGAUGUGCAACAACUCGGGAAGCACGAGGUUGAAUCCUUCGGCCAAAACUCGGGUGAGAAAGUCCAACGAGACCUUUCUGGACUUCCUCCAUCAAUGGGGUCGUUUGACUUCUGACCAACAAAGUCAACUCUUUAUCGGGUCAACUUUCACUCCUUUUGGUCUCGUUUUGUGUGACGACCCCAGUUAGUUAUUUGAUUAGCUAUGUUGAUGAAUACUUGUGGUAAUAAUCAAGUAGUACAAGUGACUAUUCAAAAUUUAGAAUAUAUGUAUGGAACCAGUGUUGACUAAGAAUUGUUGACUAUGGUGGAACUGUAAUUUUGAUUCAUUAUUGUGUGCUUUAUGUAUUGUUUUCCUCUUUGUUA